AUGGCUUCAAGAGCCGAUCUCACCUGUCAUCAAGCUACUAGCUCUCAAAUCAGACCUCCAUUCAACCCCACACGCCAGCAGCUCAAUAACCUCAAAAUACCUAUAGCUGAACUCCUGUCCUACCAUGGGAAAAGACACCCCCACUUUCCAAAAACCAUCGCAGAGUAUUACAUGCUCGACGGGAUGACGCUCGACGAUCUGCUCAGGUUUUUUCAUCAAACCUAUCCCGAAACCACAGAAACCACCAGCGAACGCUAUCCCUCGACGAUCCGUUCAUGGCUCAGGAGCAACAGGCCGCAGUGGUAUCUAGUCGAUGUUGAAACGAAGCGCUGCCUGUUCGGCACGUUCAUUGGGUUAACCAAUGAGCUCGUGGAUCCCAACAUUCAUCCGCUAUCUUACCGGCUGGUGCAUCACAACCCGGCGAUGAACCCGGAAAACCCCAACCCCGCCUCUGUCGAGGCCCCAUCCGGUGCAGAGGCUGUGCAAAGGCCAGAGAAAAGACGUGAGAAACGAAAGGGGCUGUUCAAGUGGUUUCUGCCUCGUAAAUAA